UCGUUUGUAGAAAUCAGAAAUGAUGUUGUCUCGUCGUGCGUGCUACAAGUGUGGCAACAUUGGCCACUACGCCGAGGUCUGCUCUUCCACUGAGCGCUUGUGCUACAACUGCAAGCAGCCUGGCCACGAGUCCAGCAGCUGCCCCCUUCCUCGUACCACCGAGACCAAGCAGUGCUACAACUGCCAGGGCCUUGGACAUGUCCAGGCUGACUGCCCCACUCUGCGCCUGAACGGCGGUGCCAACGGCCGCUGCUACAACUGCGGCCAGGCCGGCCACCUUGCCCGUAACUGCACUAGCCCUGCUGUGCCCAACGCUGGCCGUCGCCCCGCUGGAGCUGCUCGUGGCGGUUUCCAGGGCCAGGGCGGUUUCCGUGGUAACUUUGGUGGCUUCCCCCGCACUGCCAUGUGCUACAAGUGUGGUGGCCCCAACCACUUCGCCCGUGACUGCCAGGCUCAGGCCAUGAAGUGCUAUGCCUGUGGCAAGCUUGGUCACAUCUCCCGUGACUGCACCUCCCCCAACGGUGGCCCUCUGAGCCAGACCGGCAAGGUCUGCUACAAGUGCGGCCAGCCCGGUCACAUCUCCCGCGACUGCACCACCACUGAGGCUGCUGCUCCCGCGGCCUCUGAUGCUGCUGCCGCCACCGUUGCUGUGGAUGCCACUGCCUCGGCUCCUAUUGCCCCUGUUGUCUCCGCUGUCGCUGCCGUCGAGGCCGUCGAGGCUGGCGAAACCGAAGCCGCCACUGCGGCCCCUGCUGCUGCUCCGGCUGCGGCUGCGGCUGCUCCUACCACCACUGUUGCAUAA